UUCUCUUCGAUUCUUGGCGAAGGAGGUUGGAAAGGACGACGUGUUUAAUCAUGCCGGUCUACUUUCAGCGACCGGAAAAUGCUCUUAAAAGAGCGAACGAGUUUAUUGAAGUUGGAAAGAAAGAACCAGCUUUGGAUGCAUUGUAUGAUGUCAUUAAAAGCAAGAAGCAUCGCACAUGGCAGAACAAGAUUCAUGAGCCUAUUCUUUUCAAGUACUUGGAGCUGUGUGUUGAUCUCAAGCGAAGCCAUGUAGCUAAAGAAGGGCUGUACCAGUACAAACUAAUUUGUCAGCAAGUUAAUAUUGCGUCUCUUGAGGAUGUCAUUCGCUACUUUCUCAAGCUUGCUGAAGACCGCGCCGAGACUGCCAGGCAGGAGUCUCGCGAGCAGGUUCCCACAGUGGAUGAUUUGGAUCAGCUGCAGACACCAGAGAGCAUAUUGCUCAGUUUUGUCAGUGGUGAAGACACCCAGGAUCGUACAGACAGAGUUAUGUUGACACCCUGGGUCAAAUUUUUGUGGGAGGCUUAUCGUAAUGUGUUAGAAUUGCUACGAAAUAAUGCACGAGUGGAGAAGUUAUAUCAUGACACUGCUCAACAAGCAUUUAAAUUCUGCUUGAAGUACUCCCGUCGUACAGAAUUUCGGAAGCUUUGUGACAAUCUGAGGAAUCACUUGAAUAAUGCCAUCAAGCACCAAGGGCAACCAAACACAGUGAACCUCACUAACCCUGAGACUCUGCAACUUCAUCUAGAGACACGACUGGCACAAUUAGAAAGUGCCAUCAACAUGGAGCUUUGGCAGGAGGCAUUCAAAGCAGUUGAAGAUGUUUACGGACUCAUGCAGCUGUCCAAGAGGCCUCCAAAGCCCCAAGUGAUGGCCAAUUAUUAUCAGAAGGUUGCUCUUGUCUUCUGGAAAGCCGAGAAUUACUUAUUUCAUGCAUGCACUCUGCAUCGGCUAUAUGUGUUGUCAAAGGAACAGAAACGUACAAUGACAACAGAGGAACAGCAGAAAAUGGCAACUAGAGUUGUUCUAGCAACCCUAGCCAUUCCAAUCCCUGUGUCCCUCAGUGAAACAGAGAGACAUCUGGAGUUAGAUGAGAUUGCACGGGAAAAGUCUCGUCGUUUAGCCAGCCUUCUUGGGCUGCAGACCAUCCCCACCAGAGCAACACUUAUAAAUGACAUGUUGAAGUUGAAUGUCCACCAGCACAUAAUGCCACAGUUGCAAGACCUGUUCCAGAACCUUGAGAAGGACUUCUCUCCUCUUCAGUUUUGUUCCAGGGUCAAUGAAUUCUUUGAAUUCUUACAGGAGAAUGAAGAAUUAGAACUAAAUCAGUACAUUAAACCCUUGCAGUAUGUUGCCAUUGUGCGGCUGCUUAAACAGGUGUCUCAGGUGUACCAAACCAUUGAGUUCUCAAGACUGUUAUCCUUGGUGCCAUUUGCCACAGAAUUUCAGUUGGAAAGAGCAAUUGUGGAUGUUGCUUUACAGAAUGAACUUCAGGUGCGUAUUGAUCACAGAACUAAAGCCGUCAGUUUUGGACUUGACUUGCAUGUGGCUCACAAAGAGGAGGUGCCAGAAGGGCCAUAUCUCCAGUCCAUGCCAUCUGAGCGACUCAGAAACCAAUUGACACUGAUGUCAACAGCUUUGCACAAGUCCAUUAAUAAAAUUCAGCCUGAAAUCAUCAAGCAAAAGUGCCAAGAAGAGCAGCAGAAGAUCAUUCAGGUGUAUUUACGUUCAUCUAAAAAAGAACACAAACAGAUGCUGGAAAGGAAGGCUGUGAUUGAGGCUCGCAAAGAAUAUCUGGAGUCACUCCAUGUUAAAAGAGAGCGAGAAGAACAGAAGUUGCUGAGGUUACAGCAGAAGGAGAAUCUGGAAGCUGAACAGAAGCGACUCAAUGAAGAGAGACAGAAACGAGAGGUGCUCCGAAGAAAGCAAGAACUUCAGGAGAUUGAGAAGAAGCAAGCUAUGGACAAGAUUGCUGCUCUCAAGAAAACAACUGUGGGGGCAAAGGCUCUGAAAGACUUGACAGAGGAGGAAAUUGAAGCCAUGGAUGCAGAUGAUAUCCUGGCCAGACAAGUUGAACAGCUGGAUAAAGAGAAGAGAGAGUUGCAGACAAGGCUUAAAACUCAGGAGAAGAAGAUGGAUUACCUCGCACGAGCGAUGCGAAUGGAGGAGAUUCCUUUACUGAAGCAACAGUACGAGGAACACCUCGUGCAGGACCAAAAGUUCUGGGAAGAACAGGAAGAAGACAGGAUCAGUGUAGCAGUGUCUGAGCAUAAGAAGCUAGUAGAAACCAGUGGAAGGCUGCAGCGAAUGGUACCAGACAAGGAGACUUUCGUUGACAGCCUACUUAAAGCUCGUCAGGCGUCUCACGAGGAAAAAAUGAAAGAAUUUCAAGCUCGUUUGGACGAGGCUCGUAAGAAACGUUUGGAGGAGCGACGGAAAGAGCGCAUUUUGGAGAGGAAAAAGCAGCGACGACAUGAAAGGGAAGAGAAAGAACGAAAGGAACAGGAAGAAAAAGAAAAGAGAGAACGCGAAGAAGCCGACGAAAAGGCCAGGAUAGAAAAGGAAGAGAAAGAACGUGAGUACCGCGAGAGGGUCGCAAAGCUGGACGAGAUGGAGCGCAAGCGGCGAGAGAGAGAGAAGGAAAUUGAGGAAAAGAACCAGCGAGGGAGCAGGCCUGACAGUGAACGGGAUGGUCCACCAAAGGGAUUGGAACGAGACAGAGACAGGGACCGAUAUGGACCUCCUCGCCGGGAAGAGAAAGACGAAGGUGGAUCAUGGAGGCGCGAUGAACGGGAGAGGCCACCACCUGAUGUUGAGAGGCGCCGUGAGGAACGAGAACUGCUACCCUCAAGCCGUGACCAGGAGGAGCGCGAACAGGACCGUGAAUCUACAGGUGUAUGGCGUCGUGGUGAUGGCCGUGAUGAUCGUUUCCGCGACGACCGUUCCCGUGACGAUCGUUAUCGCGAUGAUCGCAUGCGCGACGACCGUUUCCGUGAUGGGGGUUCAGGUGGAGGCUGGAGACGAGAUGAUCGUGACAGGGAAGGGCCUCGUGAUGAGGGGUCAACUUGGAGGAGGUCUGGGGAAAGAGAUGGUCCGAGAAGAGAUAUGGACCGCCCUAGAAUGGACGAUCGUGGUCCUUGGAGGAGAGAUGACCGUGAUCGUCCAUCCUCAGGUAGCGGGUGGCGAGACCGUGAUGACCGUGACCGUCCACCACCCAGUUCCUAUCGUGACGAUCGCGGCCGAGAUGAUCGUGGGCGUGACGACCGAUGGCGCGACGACCGUGGACGGGACGACCGUGGACGCGACGACCGUGGGCGGGACGACCGUGGGCGGGACGACCGUGGGCGGGACGACCGUGGGCGGGACGACCGUGGGCGGGACGACCGUGGGCGGGACGACCGUGGGCGGGACGACCGUGGGCGGGACGACCGUGGGCGGGACGACCGUGGACGGGACGACCGUGGACGGGACGACCGUGGACGGGACGACCGUGGACGGGACGAUCGAUGGCGUGAUGAUCGUGGACGCGAUGAUCGUGGGAGGGACGAUCGUGGACGCGAUGAUCGUUGGCGUGGGCGUGAUCGAGAAGAGCGUGACCGUCCGUCGGGGGAUUCUUGGCGCGGUGACCGUGAUCGUGGAGAUGGGGGGGGUCGAGAUGAUCGUUUCCGAGGGGACCGUGAAGGAGAUCGCUACAGAGGAGAUCGUGAUGAACGUGAUCGUUCUGGUUGGAGGAACGAACGCCCAGAUGAUCGUGACCGUGAUCGUGACCGUGAUCGUGAUGCGUGGAGAAGGGGAGGGGAGGAUCCUGGCCGUGAUCAGUGGAGACGAGACCCACCACCUGCACGUUCUGAAGGUAAAUCCUGGUCUGCCUCCCGUCGCGGUCGAGAAAGACCCCCUGCGGAGCAAUCUGAUGGUGACGGUUGGACCACAGUACAGUACAAGUGAUCAACUCAUACUAAUACACUACCCUGGCAAGGAGUUAAUAAAGCCACUCAAUGCUUCCUUGGUUUGGCGCUUAACCGGAUGUGUUCAUAGCUGACCCAUUAUGUCAGUCAUAUUUGGAGUGUGAAUGUUUACAAAAAUGAUCGCGGUUGUUACGUCUAUUUCGCUGGUUUUCAGUCAUAACUUUGGUCUUCCCGUUGUUGUGGGACUGCGUUUAGUUUGUCUUAUUCGGUGCUGGCCUUGUCUUUCGAUGAAAACCUAUACUUAAGCUUCGAGGAAUUCGGUGAUAGCAGAGAAAAUUGUAGAUUACGAUCUGUCUGUCCAAUGAUAUCAUGAGACAUCUUUUUUUCGUUUGUUUUUCGUUUUUCGUUCAAUUCAAUUCAAUUCAAACUUCAGCCAGGGUAGAUGAUAGGAAACGAAUUGUGUUCACAUUAAACGAUACGUGUAAACAGUUA